AUAUUUGCCUUUUGUUCUGGGCUCCUUGUUUCUUACACCAGUCAAACUCAUUUUCUUUUCUUUUUUUUUUUUUUUUUUUUACUGUUUAUAAAUUCUAAAUUUGAUUUUUAAUUUUUUUCCAACUGACAGGCUUUGAGAAUUAGCUUAUUUUUCUUUUCUGCAAUGUUAAAUUCUCGAAUGAUUUGUUGCUUAAUUGAGCUUGGUAACGGUGGUUAAUGAAAUUUUGGAGGUGAUUAAUCUUUUUCAGUCUAAUCUGUGUAAGCUUUAGAGGAAAUUUAUCAAUUUUUUAAAAAACUUUUAAAUCCUGUGAAGAAUUCAUAUUAAUUGUUUAUUUUAUGCAAUUUUUGAUGCUUGAAGACACGGUUCUGCAGUAAGCUGAAGAUGUUUGAAAUGAGUGCUUGAUUGAAGAUUGUUUAGAUCUUUGCAAUUGUGUUUUUUUUAUUAAAUUAUGUUAUGGUAGAAGCUUUUUGAUUCUCUGUUUGCUUGAGAUUAGGGUUUGUUGCUGAACUUUGUACAAUUAUGCAGUGUAUGGAAAUUAGUCGACUACAAUCCACUCUCUGUCGGUUGAUAUUCAUGGGUUGAGUAGUAAGAUUAAGCAUGAAAUUUGAGGUCUUUCUUUUUUUUUUUUUUUGGUUUGAGUCUGAGUGGUGGCGAUUUCUCUUUUUAGGUUGAUAUACAUUUUAGAUAACCUGAUAUGAUGCUCUAUUCUUUCAGGGAAAAUUCAGAACAUUUUUAGAGGAUUGAAUACAAUUUAUAUCUAAGGUGGUGUUGUUUAUUUGGUUAUGGAUCUGCUGUCUGCGUCACUGCCGGCCUGGUGAUUUGCUCUCUUGUUUCAGGUUGAGCUGAACUGUCUUUAGAGGUUGGGUUUCUGGAAGCAGACGCUAUGUGCCAUUUGUUUUGUGGAUUGAAGAGGUUUUUUCACUGUUCAGGUGUUGCAACUUCUUUAUUAUUAUUAUUGUUAUCAGGCUUUUUGAAUCUGAUUCACAGGGAGCGUCUAGAUGAGCGUUGAUGGUGAUGGGGACAAAGAUUUGAGGCCACUAAAUCAUCGGCUUCACAACGGGAAGAAGAGAGUUAAGGAUGGAGUUGUGAGCGAGGAGCAAAAUUUAGCUGAAUAUCAUGGUUUGGAAGUCAAUGGCAUUGCUGAAAACAUAAAAGAUGGGCAUGGAGGGGCUCCCCAGCCCCCUGCAGCUGCACUGCAAAUUGCGCAGCAACAACAGUCUCAAGGAUCAAUAGUUUGUUGGGAGAGGUUUCUCCAUUUGAGAUCCCUCCAGGUUCUGCUUGUUGAAUAUGAUGAUUCUACACGCCAUGUUGUCACUGCUCUACUUCGGAAUUGCAGUUAUGAAGUUAUCGAAACAGCAAAUGGAUUACAAGCAUGGAAGAUACUAGAAGAUUUGACCAAUCACAUUGACGUGGUCUUAACUGAGGUAGUCCUGCCUCAAUUAUCUGGAAUUGGUCUUUUAUGCAAAAUUAUGAGCCACAAGACACGCAAGAACAUUCCUGUCAUCAUGAUGUCCUCUCAUGACUCAAUGAGCUUAGUCUUUAAGUGUUUAUCAAAAGGCGCUGUUGACUUUUUAGUGAAGCCCAUACGGAAGAAUGAACUUAAGAACCUUUGGCAGCAUGUAUGGAGAAGAUGCCAUAGUUCUAGUGCUAGUGGAAGUGAAAGUGGCACACAGACUCAAAAAUCUGUAAAAUCAAGGAGUGUUGAAAAGUCUGACAACGGCACUGGAAGCAAUGAUGAAGAUGAUAGUGAAAGCAGUGGUUUAAAUGUUGGGGGUGGAAGUGACAAUGGGAGUGGCACCCAGAGCUCUUGGACAAAACGAGCUGUAGAUGUUGACAGUCCCCAGCCAGUGUCUCCUUGGGAUCAAAUUGCUGAAUGUCCUGACAGUACUUGUGCACAAGUUAUCUACUCCAAUGCUGAAAUAUCGGGUAACAAGCAGGCACCUGUAACCACUAUAAGGGAGCGUGAAGAACAGGAGGAACAUCUUGAGAAUGCAAUUGGUAAAGACUCGGAGAAAGUUGUGCCAGGAAAUCUAGAUUUACGACUUGAAUACCAAGUUGAGGAUUCUAUCAAACUUGUAGGUGCAAAACAGAAGAAUGUGCUUGAGGGGGGAUCUGGUAAACUCAAAGAACAAACUGUUAAAGGACGGCUAGACCUCAACAGUGAGAGUCCAUCAAGCAAAAUAAAGUAUGAAGCUGCUAGUCUGACAGGUUUCAUCACAAAUGUUUGUGAUCCCCAUAUGGAUAGCACAGAGUUUGAGGCUUCAUGUAGACAUUCCAAGAUCUCAGAUAUAAAAAAUACAGCCUCUAAUGAUGCUAAAGAAACACCGCCCCUUGAACUUAGUUUAAAAAGACUUAGAGGAGCUAAGGAUAUCGGGACUACUGUUUUGGAAGGCCGCAAUGUCUUAAGACGUUCAGACUCUUCAGCUUUUUCUAGGUAUAAUGCGGCCUCAAAUUCAAAUAAGGCUCCUGGUGUAAACAUUAAAAGUGGUUCCCCACAUGAUUCUAGUUUAGAUUUUACCAAAAAAGGAUUAGUUUGUGAUAUGCUGUCUCAUUCGAAUGGUGAUCAUCCUAAUCAAUGCUCAAAUGUUGGUUGCAAUAACAUUGAUAUGGGUUCCACCACAAAUCACACUUUUACUGAGUCAAUGGUCUUGAAAAAUAAAUCAGCAGUAUCAUCCACAAUCAAAUAUUUGCAUCCACCUUCUAGUUUCCGGCCAUUGAAAGGUGACCCAUUAUGUGCCCCUCAGCAGAUUUUAUCAGAGAAAGCUAAUGAUGUAGCCGGUGCAACAAUGCUAGCUCAACCAAGAGGCACCAAUCAGGAACUCCAAAUUCAGCACCUUGCUAACCAUCAUCAUCAUCAUCCUCCUCACAGCAUGCAAUCACAACAGCAACAGCAACAGCUGCCACCUGACCAUGAUAAUUCAUCAUUGAAGAAAAUGGCUGCAGCUCCUCCACAUUGUGGGUCCUCCAAUUUGUUGGGUGGUCCUGUUGAAGGUAAUGGUGGCAAUUACAGCAUCAAUGGAAGUGCUUCCAGUAGUAACCAUGGCAGUAACCACGGGAGCAAUGGACAAAAUGGGAGUUGCACUGCAGUCAAUGCUGAAGGGACUAAUGUAGAAAGUGAUAAUGGAAUCGCUGGUAAAGCUGGAAGUGGUGAUGGCCGUGGGACUGGGAGUGGAACUGGGGAUGGAAACCUAGUAGAUCAGAGCAAGUUUUCUCAGAGAUAAGCUGCCUUGACCAAAUUUCGACAGAAAAGAAAGUAGCGAUGCUUCAGGAAAAAGGUUCGGUAACAAAGCAGGAAGAGAUUAGCCGAGCAACGACCGCGUGUGCGGGGACAAUUUGUGCGGCAGACAGCUAAUGGGAGCACAAGCAGAGCAACAAGAGAGCUAAUUGAUCCCUUGAUCUGAUAGUGAAAAUUACGCACUGAUUAUUCGGGGCAUAGGUGGCUUGACAUGAAUAGAUAGAGAACAAGAACUGUAUUUGAUUGAUGUAAACUUAAAUUGCGGAACAGUAUUUGUUGCUUAGAACUUUUGCCUGCUACUUAGGAAGGUGGCUAGUCUUGAAAGGGCUAUCCUUCUGAAAUAAAUUUACAUUUACAUAGUGUGUUGGCUGUCUGAAACUUGAUUGAACAGCGAAUUGCUUGUGAAAACUGAGAAAGACCCGAUUGGUUUGGUGUGUUCCUAA